AUGUCAUUUGUUAAUAUUUGUCGUGAUAAUACCGAUCCAUUUUAUCGUUAUAAAAUGCCUACUCUUCAAGCUAAAGUUGAAGGUAGAGGUAAUGGUAUUAAAACAUCCAUUGUUAAUUUAGCUGAAGUUUCAAGAGCUUUAGGUAGACCUCCUUCAUACGUCUUAAAAUAUUUUGGUUCUGAAUUAGGUGCUCAAACUUCAAUGGAUAGAUUCUUAAUUAAUGGUACACACGAUAACAAUGAAUUACAAGAUUGUUUAGAUGGUUUCAUUAAUAAAUUUGUCUUAUGUGCAGCUUGUAAAAACCCUGAAACUGAAAUUCAAAUUAAAGGUAAAGAUGAUUUACAAAGAGACUGUAAAGCUUGUGGUCGUGUUACUAUUAUUGAUCCAAGACAUAAAUUAUCUUCUUAUAUCUUGAAAAAUCCUCCUGAUAGUUCUUCUAAAAAAGGUAAAAAAGCUGCUACUGCUACUGCUAAUGUUGUUGGUGGUGGUAAAUCUAUUUCUGAUAUUGCUUCUGGUCAUAAAUCUGCUGAUGGUCAAAAUGGUGAAGCUGCCGAUGAUGAUGAUGAUAUCUUAACUAAAAAAAUUAAUGCUGAAGCUGCUGCUUUAUCAAAACAAACUGUUGAAGUUGCUGAUGAUGAUUGGGCUGUUGAUAUGUCCAAGGAAGCUAUCGAAGCUAGAGCAAGAGAAUUAGAAGGUCUCAACUUAUCCGAUGAUCAAACUAAAUUUAAUGAUUUUGGUGAAUGGUUAUUAAAUGAAUCAAAAGAUUCAAAAGAUGAUUUACCAAGUGAUAUCGAUAUCUAUAAAAAAAUUGUCGAAUUAGAUAUUAUCGAAAAUCCAGAGACUGUUCAAGUCUUAUCUCAAGUUUUAUUCGAUGAAGAUAUCAUUGAACAAAUUGAUGAACACGUUGGUUUGUUAGCUAAAUUAAUUAAUGGUCAAGCAGAAUUUGAAAAAUCUUAUUUGGGUGGUUUAGAAAGAUUCUUAGGUUUAGAAAAACCAGAUUUAAUUCCAACUCUCCCAAAAAUUUUAGCAGUCUCUUACGAUAAAGAUUUAAUUAGCGAAGAAGUUGCUUUAGCUUGGGGUUCAAAAGUUUCAAAGAAAUACGUCCCAAAAGAUGUUUCUAAAAAAGUUCGUAGAGCCGCUAAACCUUUCAUUAACUGGUUGAAAGAGGCUGACGAAGAAAGUGAUGAUGAAUAG